CUAUAAUUGGCCAAGACACAAGUCAAUCAUAAAGCCCAUCUCGGUCUCUUCCGGCUGUGUGUCAGCCCUUCUGCAGCAGCAGCAUCCCUGCCCAAGAGAAGCGAAAUCCAGCCAGCAUCACAGGUGUCUCUGUUUUGGACGUGGUUGUUUUAACAGGUCUCUAGAGACAAGAAAAGGCAAAGAGAGACCAUGUUUUAGAGACCCCGUGUUGGCAGCCCAUUCUCUACAAUGAACAAUGAAGAGGAGUUCUAUGAUGCCGUCACAGGCUUGGAUUCAGACGAGUCGUAUGAAGGCACAUCAGAAGCCAGUUUUAAAGAUGCUGUAGUGUAUGUCGGCGCUCAGAAGAACAAUGGAGCGGUUCCUCAGGAGAACGGAAUUAAGAAGCACAGGUCGUCUCUUCCCGCCCCCAUGUUCUCCAGGAAUGAUUUUAGCGUAUGGAGCAUUCUCAAGAAAUGUAUUGGACUGGAGCUGUCCAAGAUCACCAUGCCCAUUGUGUUCAAUGAGCCCUUGAGCUUUCUACAGAGAAUCUCGGAGUAUAUGGAGCACACGUACCUCAUCCAGAAAGCCUGCUCACAGUCCGACUCUAUAGAGAGGAUGCAGACGGUAGCUGCCUUCGCUGUGUCUGCAGUAGCAUCUCAGUGGGAUAGAACUGGAAAACCUUUCAACCCGCUUUUAGGAGAAACCUAUGAACUCACACGAGAGGAUCAGGGUUUCAGACUGAUCUCGGAGCAGGUGAGUCACCAUCCUCCAAUCAGUGCGUUUCACACUGAGAGUCUGACAGGAGACUUUGUGUUCCACGGCUCCAUCUACCCCAAACUCAAGUUCUGGGGCAAAAGUGUGGAGGCGGAGCCUAAAGGGACCAUCACGCUAGAGCUUCACAAGCAUAAAGAGGCAUACACAUGGACAAACCCUUUCUGCUGUGUACACAAUAUAAUUCUUGGUAAACUGUGGAUUGAACAGUAUGGCACUGUAGAAAUUGUCAACCACAGUACUGGAGAGAAGUGUGUGCUGAACUUUAAACCCUGUGGGAUGUUUGGAAAGGAGCUGCACAGAGUUGAAGGUUACAUCCAGGACAAGAGUAAGAAGAAGUGCUGUGUGAUCUAUGGGAAAUGGACCGAGUGUAUGUGGAGCGUCGACCCGCAGGUGUACGAGGCCCAUCGGAAGCUCGAGAAGAGAGGAACGACGGACACCAGAAAACAGAAACAGGAGGAGCCAGAAGCCGUCAACGAGGAUGCGGAUGAAAUGCCUGAAGUACAGGAGACUGUGGCAGUGAUUCCUGGUAGCACAUUAUUAUGGAGAAUAUCAUCGAGACCGCCUCAUUCAGCAGAGAUGUAUAACUUCACUAAUUUUGCCUUGACUCUGAAUGAGCUGGAGCCUGGCAUGGAAGGAGUGCUGGCACCAACAGACUGCCGCCUGCGGCCUGACAUCAGAGCCAUGGAGAACGGCAACAUUGAUGAAGCCAGCAGUGAAAAGGAGAGACUGGAAGAGAAGCAGAGAGCAGCUCGUAAAGAGCGGGCCAAAGAUGCUGAUGAGUGGUCGACUAGGUGGUUUCAGUUAGGCACAAAUCCUUGUACAGGAUCACAGGACUGGCUGUACACUGGUGGCUACUUUGAGAGGAAAUACACAGACUGUCCUAAUAUCUACUGAUGAGGAGGCGCAAGUUCAAAGGGCAGAAGUUUUGUCACUUCCUCUCUCUCUCUGUCUCUCUCUCUCCAUCUACACAAACCCUCUACACGAUGCACCACAUCGCGUCCAACCGAAAACGAUAGCACUUAUGCUUUCAUUAAUAUUGAGCUGCCUCCAUUUUCAGCACUUGUUUAUGAUUGUGCUUUUGUCCUUUGGAAGCAUCUUCUCUCACUUCCCAUCCGCCCUUUGGGUUUUCUCAAUGGAGGAAAGGAUCAAAACAGCAGCAGAAGACCCAAUCUGAUUUUUUCUGCCUUUGAACGUAUAAACCCCUCAGCAGAGCUCCAGUUUGUUCAGUGUCAGUGAUGCUGGAGCUUGAUAAAGAUGUAGAUAUAUAACCAAUAAAAUGUGACACUGAAGUGCUCUGGCCGUAUUCCAUGUACAGUAGGCGUUUAACAUAUAAAAAUCUAUUUCCAGAUGUUUGAGCGUGAAGUUGAUCAAGCGUUAAUUAAAUGACAACAGAAUGUCAUAAUGCUUAGUGAAUGGUGAUGAAUGUUAAUAA